CGCAGACUCGGGCGCUGGGGGCCGCGCUCCCUCCCACAGCACUGCGCCCGCGCCCCCGGCUCCCGGACUGGGCAUGCUCAGUAGCCGCCCGCUUCGUGCUCUCAGGGAAGCCUCUGCACGCCCUCCCCAGCUGCUCUCGGUCGCCUCCCCGCCGCCAGCCGCCCCGGGUGCAUCCCGGCUUGCUCCGCUCCACGCGACCCAGAUUCCUGCCCCGCCCCCGCCCCUUCCGCGCCCGCAGCCAGUGCGGCAGCCGCGGCCGCCCCUGUCCAGCCUCGGCGCCCGGGACCGAGCGCGUCGAUCGCCGCCGCGGAGCGCGUAGCCGAAGUGCCUGGGGAAGGCGGAGAUGAAGACCACGCCGCCGCGCAACGGGAGCUGCUGAGCCUGCCGCCGCCAGAGUCCAGUUGACGCUUACUUUGACAAAGGCAAAUUUGGAAGCAAUUACUUGAGGACAGUUCGUAUAGUAUCUGGACAGUCAACACGGGCACCAUGAAGCACUUCCUGAGGAUUUCUUCAAGCAAGAAUUAACUUUCAUUAGCACAUUCAUUGAAACUGUUCAAAAUAAGCCACUUUUCUCUUAUUGUUCCAAAAGAAGACGUCAGAGUCACAAAUUUAAGAUGAUGGAGUAGUGUUGCAUUACAGAAUGUUGAUCCAGGUAUGCCUGUAUUUUUACUGUAAAUUUCUGUGGCGCUGCCUGAAAUUUGUAAUGAGGAAGCUAACUGGAAGAUGUGAACUACAGCGGAUCUGUUACAAUACCAAGCCAGGAGCUUCUAGAACCAUGAAAAUCGAAACAUCACUGAGGGAUUCUAAAAGUAAGCUGUUGCAGACUUCUGUGAGUGUUCACCCUGACGCUAUUGAAAAAACUAUAGAAGAUAUCAUGGAACUGAAAAAAAUUAAUCCUGACAUAAAUCCACAGCUGGGAAUCUCUCUUCAGGCUUGCCUUCUGCAAAUCGUUGGGUACAGGAACCUUAUUGCAGAUGUGGAAAAACUGCGUAGAGAGCCCUAUGAUUCUGAUAAUCCCCAACAUGAAGAAAUGCUUUUGAAGUUAUGGAAAUUCUUGAAGCCCAAUACUCCACUGGAAUCUCGGAUUUCUAAGCAGUGGUGUGAAAUUGGUUUCCAAGGUGAUGAUCCUAAAACAGAUUUUCGAGGAAUGGGACUUCUGGGACUGUACAAUUUGCAGUAUUUCGCAGAAAGGGAUGCCACAGCAGCUCAGCAGGUCCUGUCUGACUCUCUUCAUCCCAAAUGCAGGGAUAUCACUAAAGAAGAAAUAAGCAAAUUCAGCAAAGCAGAAUGGGAGAAGAAAAGGAUGGAUAAGGCAAUUGGGUAUUCAUUUGCAAUUGUGGGCAUCAAUAUAACUGACCUGGCAUAUAAUCUACUGAUCAGUGGAGCUCUAAAAACCCAUUUCUACAAUAUCGCCCCAGAAGCUCCAACAUUGUCUCACUUUCAGCAAACAUUCUGCUAUUUGAUGCACGAAUUUCAUAAGUUUUGGAUUGAAGAGGACCCCAUGGACAUAAUGGAAUUUAAUCGUGUGAGGGAGAAAUUCCGCAAGAGGAUCAUAAAACAGCUGCAGAAUCCAGACAUGGCGCUGUGCCCACAUUUUGCUGCCUCGGAAGGUUUAAUCAACAUGUAGUUGCCCACGCCAGUUUUAAUGGAUACCCUGGAACACUGCCUCAUUGUCUUGUUAGAUCUCUGCUUAGGUUGCAGCUCACGCAUUGAAUGCACACAGUGAUUGUAUGCAUGCCUUUUGGUACAGUAUUUUCAUCUCUUGGUCAUAAUUCCGAGAUCCCCAGAGACCACUGUUUCUGGAGUAUCUGUCAUCCAGUGACUGCUCAUAUUGUGGCAUUAUGCAGUGUUACAUCUUGCCUUGACACCCAGGUAUGGAGAGAGUUUUCUAUUUUUUUAGACUUUUUUUCCUCUCCCUCAUAGUUCAGCAUUAAAGAAUUGUAUUUCUCUCGCUGUAUUUUGUAUGUAAGAGGUUUAGCCGAAUCUUGUUCUGUGAAAGCCUUUUAAUUUAUUGAUAUGUUUCAUGACUACUGCUGCUAGCUUUUCAAGCCAGGUUCAUGCUUGGACCUCAUUCUGAUAAAGUAUAAGACUUUAAAAUAAUACAAACAGGGCCAGGCGCAGUGGCUCCCACCUGUAAUCCCAGCACUUUGGGAAGCUGAGGCAGGCGGAUCACGAGGUCAAGAGAUCAAGACAUCCUGGCCAACACAGUGAAACCCCGUCUCUACUAAAAAUAACAAAAAUUAGCUGGGUGCGGUGGCGGGUGCCUGUAAUCCCAGCUACUCGGGAGGCUGAGGCAGGAGAAUCACUUGAACCCGGGAGGCAGAGAUUGCAGGGAGCCGAGAUCAUACCACUGCACUCCAACCUGGUGACAGAGCAAGACUCCAUCUCAAAAAUAAAUAAAUAAAUAAAUAAAAUAAUACAGACAGACACAUGAUAAGCCAAACUGUUCCUGCAAACAUAGCUACGCUUCAUGAAAAUGUAAUGAGGCUUACAAGAAGUAACUUUAGGUAGGAGCUGUUUUUGUUUGAAGCACUGCAGAAUUAUAUUGUAACUUCCCCUCACCCCAGUUGCAAUUGUGUCAUAGUCAUCUGUAUAUCAAACUAUUUUAUUCCCAUAACUCCACUGGCUUGGAUGCCUAAGUGUAUGAUGCUUGAAGCCUCAGAAAAGAAAUAAGCAUAUUUCAAAAACUGCAAAAGGUUUUUCACUGCCUGCCUCUUGCGGAACUGGGUUACACCCUGGCACUGUUCUGAUCCAAGCAUAUUUGCUUGGGGAACUAAGUGCUGACUAGUUUGUUUUCUAUGUCAAGAGGCAAUAUUAAAAAACAAUUUGCAAGAAAAUGUGUUUCAAGAGAGCAACCUAAGCUAAGUCACUCUGCAAUAUUUCUUGAAAAUAACGACCUUGUCUUGUAUCAGUGGAAGAUGUAAAUUGCUUAGAAAGGGAAAAGUCAAAUCGUUCCAGAACUGCUAAAAAUCAUUUUAAAAACCGUGAUUUAGUUUGGAAUUAUGAUUGUAGUCUGUUGAAUAGUAUUUACCAUGGCAUUUCAUACCCAUGGUAUUUUAUACCUUCUGACUAUCAAUUUUAGUAUUAUUAGAUGUUUGUGUAACCACUUGCUUAUUUAAAUGAAUUUUGAGUACUGCCUAAUUGUCAGUUAUAUGAAUAAAUUACAUGUCAUUCUACUGUAA